CAACUUUAUUGCUUCGCCUUCAGCAGAGCGCCUUGUAUUUUGGGCGUCCAACUUGCCGUACAAAAACAAACAUGGCGUCUUCUCUGGAUGUUCACGUCCGGAUCUGUGGACAAGAAAUUAUAAAAUAUGACCUAGAAAUCAAGGCUCUCAUUCAGGACAUCAGGGAUUGCUCUGGACCACAGUCUGCUCUGAGCGACUUCAACUCUCAGAUCAAAGAGAAGUUCAGCAAGCUCAGACUCAGAAUACAGGAUCUGGAGCAGAUGGCCAGAGAGCAGGACAGAGAGACGGACAGACAGGCCAUCCUGGCAGAGACAGAGAGCCAGCAAAGGCAAAUGCUGAGUAACCAGACGGCGUGGAGGAAAGCUAACCUGGCUUGUAAACUGGCCAUAGACAACACGGAGAAAGACGAGCUGCUGCGUGGAGGAGAGAACCAGAGCACCAGACAGAGGAAGGCGACCAAAGAAAGCCUGGUGGAAACCAGUAGCAACAUCACAGAGAGUCUGAUGUCUAUCAGCAGGAUGAUGGCUGAGCAGGUGAAGCAGAGUGAGGACAGCAUCGGCACACUGGCCACUUCCUCCAGGACGGUGCAGGAAACCAAUGAGGAGUUCAAAAACAUGACGGGAACCAUCCACCUGGGGAGGAAACUGAUCCUGAAGUACAAUCGGCGGGAGCUGACGGACAAGCUGCUCAUCUUCCUGGCUCUGGCCCUCUUCCUCGCUACCGUCCUCUACAUCCUUAAGAAACGCUUCUUCCCCUUCAUUUAGCCAACGGGCUGGGUCACUCACCUGCUUAAAAGAAGAACUUUUUCCAGGUUUUCUAGUCAACAGGAGGUUACCGCAAAGAGUUUUAGCAGGUUUGAGCUUGGACUAGAUGAGGAGACUGGGCUGCUGCACACAGAAACGGUGUCAAGUGUAAUCGUUUUACCUUGGAUAGCAGCCGUGAACAAAAUGGAAUAUGUGCGUUUAUGAAAUGGGUAUGAAGGGUUUUGUGAGAUCAAUUAAAGUGAGAGGAGCAUAGUGACUAAAAGUGGCAUUAUUUGGUUUCAUGAAACAACAGCGAUGGGUUUAAAACCUCAGCAUGCUUCAAACAAACUUGGUCAUGUGUUGUUUGACACUGUCUAAAGGCAAGUUUUUUUAUAAGGCAGGGCCAAUAGCCUGCUGUAAUUUCCUUCUCCUGGCUGCAUGACCCCUCUUCCCUGAUCUCUCUAAGAACGCUGCUGUGUGGUCCCGAUGCGACGAUUCGUAAAAAAAAUCCUGCCCGUUUCCACACCUCUGCACAGCUGACCAGACGCUGGGCAAAGGGCACUUUGAAGCAUACUGAGGCAUUAAUACUUCACCUGGCAUUCAGAAACCAUGGUCAAGGCUAUAGCUUGCAAUAACAUUUGUUUUGUUUACUUUCUGUCAAAUUACAAUCCCUGCGUGUUAGUUCAAGAGAGAAAGCGUGUGUGUUUGUCUGCUUUGGACGGGUAUUUCAAAGACGCAGCUGUUACAGUUAUUUAUGAGUUUUAGCUUGUGCCUUUCUUCCUUCCAAUCAAAUGUCCAGACUACUUAACCACAAAUGUUAUUACUUGCUCAUCCCGUGAAGGACGUCUGCCGUGCUGAAUCAGUGACUGUGUGAACGUUAAAAAGAAGGUCUGCUUGUUUGAAUAAAGUCGAAUGUUUUUCCAACACGUGGCGGGAGAGGUUUUUGUGCAGCAUGACCGCAGACGUGCCAGUAGAUGGCAGAAUACCCAACAUUACAUCACCAUCAGAGACGCGGCACUGGGAAAUUGUGUGAAGAACACAGGUCAGGACUGACUCAAUUAACACGCUACUCCGUGUCCAGUGACAUCACUGUAGUU